GGCGGCGCGGCGGGGGACGGCGGCAGAGGGAGGGGCGGCGGAGGCCCUGGCGCCUGCGGCUGGAGAGGCUGGGGCGGUGGUUGGUGCGCAGCUCGGGGAGGGAUGGUUGGAGGAGGUGCGUGCGCCGGAGCAGGCUCAAUCACUGGCGGCAGAGGAGGAGCCUGGGCUGACGCUGCAGCAGCAGUUGCAGGCAAGGCAUGAAGAGGAGCAGCAGCUGGAGCUGGAGCAGCAGGCAGAGCAGCAGCAACAGCAACAGCAGCAGCAGCAGCAGCAGCAGCAGCAGCAACAGCAGCAGGAAGGGCAGCAGCAGCUGAAGGUGGAGCAGCAGCUGGAGCAGCACCAGGAAGGGGGACAGCAGCUUCCGCGUCAGGACAAAGGGGGCUGCAAAGCAGUGGCCGCGCUCCCACAAGCGCAGCACAGAAGCGUCCUGAAUUUCGGCCGCGCCCCCGCCGCCUGCGGCCUCGCGCACGCCGCACCCGGCGCGCCCUCGCAGCAAGCGCCGGCCUGCGUCGAUCCUGUGGGGCAGCCGCCUCCGGCGCCGCGGGGCGCCGCGCCGCGAUCGCCGCCGUCGCCGCGCCGGUCGGACCCGGGGCCACAGCGUCCCUGGGACAUUGGCUGGGCGCUCCCGUCGGGCAGCAGCGUGGGCGCCACCGCGCAGCGGGGCCCUGGGGCUUGGGUGGACGGCAGCGGCGCGUCGCCGGCGGCCAAGGUUACCCCGGCGCGGGUGCUGGCGGUGGGGGCUCUGCUGGAACAUGAGGUGGCUUGCAUCUUAUUUUGGGAAGAACCUUGUGAGCUGGUGCCACGUCAGCAGCAGCAGCAGCAGCAGCAGCAGCAGCAGCAGCAGCUGGAGGAGGAGCAGGGGGGAGAGGCGAUGGAGGAGGAGGAGGACGAGGAGGAGAAGGAAGACCUCCAGCUGCUGCAUGCGGGAUUUGGGGCUGUGAUGGCGGAGGGUGUGACAGCGGCGGAGACUGUGGCGGUGGCCAAGGAGGCCGCGGGCGAGGUGGCUGCGAUAGGAGGUCUGCUGGCCAAAGUGCAGCUGCAGCCAGAGCAGCAGCAGCGGCAGCAGCAGCAGCAGCAACAGCAGCAGCAACAGCAGCAGCAGCAGCAGCAGCAGCAGCAGCAGCAGCAGCAGCAGCAGCAAGAACACAAGCAGCAAGGGCAGCAGGUGGAUGAGGUGGCCGAGCCAGCGGUGGCGCAGGACGCUGCAAGCAACCCAGAUCUGGGGGCCGUGGCGCCGCCUGCGCUGCGGCUAUGGGUGGAGGGGCAGCUGCAGCAUGAGGCAGGUGCUGCAGCCGCCAAAGCAGUGGCGGCGGUGCAGGAAGGUGGUGACAGGCCAGAUGGCGAAGCCGCCUCUGUGGCAGAGGAAACCAGGCCCCCGCAGCAGCAGGAGCUGCGGCAGCAGCAGCACUUGUCGGGGCCACUGCAGCAGGAGGGCGAGGCUGUGGCGGCGGAGGGCGCGCGGGCGGCAGCCGCUGAGAGCACACCGGGGAGUCCGCUUGCGCAGGGCUCCUCGGUGGCGGGCGCGCGCGCGCAGCAGCAGGCACACGACUCCCAGCAGCAGCAGCGGCAGCAGCAGGCAGCCGAAUCACGGCAGGGUCAGCAGCUGCAGCCGGACAGCUCGCCACCCAGCCCCACACCCGGCCCCACGCCAGCUGGGGCGUUUGCCGCGGCCGCGCGCGCCGCCGCGGAGCGCCUCCGUGGUGGCGGGGAGGGGGCGUUGGCCUUGGCCCUGGAGCAGGAGCUGUCAAAUGAGGCUCACGCAGGGGAUGCAGAGGUUCAAGGGCUGCGCCGGCGCCUGGAUGCAUGCGUCGAGCGGCUGGCUAGCGGCGGGGGCGAGGGCGGCUGA